UGAAUCUUCAGUUUUCCAGGCAUCUGCACUCCAGGCAUAUGAAAGAAAAUGUCUUCCAGCUGACUCUUUGACCCUCUCAACAGGACCUGUGGCUAACCCUGCUCAACAAAGGUCUUCACCUCAGGCUAUGAUGGGAUUGCUUUGGUGGUUGUCAUUUUACAUCCCUUUGCUAUUACCCACGUUUGCUGAAGGUGUCACCCGAGUCUAUUACCUGGGGAUCCGUGAGGUGGACUGGAACUAUGCUCCAACAGGAAGGAACGUACUUGCUAAUCAAAGCAUUGCACGUAACCUUAAGGCUUCAGUAUUCCUCCAGCCCGGCAGAGACAGGGUGGGAAGCACGUACAAGAAAUCUGUCUAUAAGCAGUACACAGACUCCACAUAUACCACUGAGAUUCCCAAACCUGCCUGGCUGGGGUUCCUUGGGCCCAUCAUCCGAGCAGAAGUGGGGGAUACCAUUGAAGUACACCUAAAAAAUUUUGCUAGUCGUCCAUACACGAUCCAUCCUCAUGGUGUUUUCUACGAAAAGGACUCUGAAGGAUCCCUGUAUCCUGAUAUGUCCCCCCAGGAUCAGAAGAAGGAUGAUGCUGUUUUCCCAGGAGGGAGUUACACCUAUACUUGGACUGUCCCUGAAGAUCACAGCCCAACUGCUGAUGACCCAAACUGCUUGACCUGGAUCUACCACUCUCAUAUUGAUGCACCAAAGGACAUUGCAUCUGGAUUAAUUGGGCCAUUGCUGACAUGCAAAGAAGGAAUACUGACUGGCACUUCUCAAAGACGCCAGGAUGUGGACAUUGAUUUCUUUCUGAUGUUCAGUGUGGUGGAUGAGAACCUAAGCUGGUACCUGGAUGAGAACAUAGCGUCAUUCUGUACAGAUCCAGGCUCUGUAGACAAAGAAGAUGAAGAAUUCCAAGAGAGCAACAAAAUGCAUGCUAUUAAUGGUUACGUCUUUGGGAACCUCCCUGAGAUGACGAUGUGUGCUGGGGAUUAUGUUGCAUGGCAUCUCUUUGGGAUGGGCAAUGAAAUUGAUGUUCACACAGCCUACUUCCAUGGAGAGAUGCUCGUUAUCAGAGGCCACAGGACAGAUGUGGCCAGCCUAUUCCCAGCUACUUUUGUCACGGCAGACAUGAUCCCCAGUAACCCUGGGAGAUGGCUACUGAGCUGUCAGGUCAAUGAUCACAUAGAAGCUGGAAUGGAGGCACUCUAUGAAGUCCGACCCUGUUCUCGGCAAGCUCCAAGAUCCACCCUCCAAGGGAGAGUUCGGAAAUACUACAUAGCUGCGAAGGAAGUACAGUGGGACUAUGGACCCUCCGGACUGGACCAAAGCAGUGGGAAACAGCUGAGUGAGGCAGGCAGCCCUGCUGAACAAUUUUUCAAGCGUAGCCAUUACCGAAUUGGGGGAAUCUACUGGAAGGCAAAGUAUGUGGAAUAUACUGAUGAGACCUUCCGGGAGGAAAAGAAGCAAUCGGAAGAAGAGAAACACCUUGGAAUACUUGGUCCAGUGAUAAAAGCUGAAGUUGGAGAUACCAUCUUGGUGAUGUUUGUUAACAAAGCCUCCUGGCCUUUCAGCAUCCAGCCUCAUGGAGUGUCUUACGGGAAGGCAUGGGAAGGGAUGUGGUACCAUGAUGGUCUGUCACAGAAUGGGGUUCCUGUUCAGCCUCUGCACAACUUUACGUACCACUGGACGGUACCCCAGCAUGUUGGGCCCACAUCCAGUGACCCUCCCUGCCUGACCUGGAUGUAUAGCUCUGCUGUGAAUCCUGUCAAAGACCCCAGUUCAGGCUUAGUGGGCCCUUUGGUGAUCUGCAAGCCUGGGACUUUGGAUGACAGCAACAAGCAGAAAGGGAUCGACAAAGAAUUUUACCUUCUCUUCAGUGUGUUUGAUGAGAAUCUCAGCUGGUAUUUAAAUGCAAACAUAAAAUACUAUUUGAGGAUGGAAGAGACUUCUGUGAAAAAGGAUAAUGGCUUCAAGGAAUCGAACAGGAUGCAUGCCAUCAAUGGAUUUGUUUUCGGUAAUUUGCCUGGGCUGGAUGUGUGUGAAGGAGACAAUGUGUCUUGGCACCUCCUGGGUUUGGGCACUGAAGCAGACGUACAUGGAGCUGUGUUUCGGGGAAACACCCUGCAGAUGAAUGGAAUGCGGAAAGAUUCUACCAAUCUCUUCCCCCACACGUUUGCUACCACCUUUAUGCAACCUGAUAACAAAGGGAUUUUUGAGAUCUACUGUCAAACAAGCAAUCAUUACCAUGCUGGGAUGAGGGGACAUUACUCCGUUUCCAAGUGCAGCAAAAGGGACCCUGCUCCUGCCCUUCAAUACAAAGGGGUGCGGACAUAUUACAUCAUGGCGGAGGAGGUGGAGUGGGACUAUGCACCCGAUCGCCGCUGGGAGAGGGAACGGCAUAACCACUCUGUGGAGAGCUAUUCCAAUGUAUUUUUGAGCAACGAAAAUGGACUGCUCGGCUCCAAGUACAAGAAAGCAGUUUAUAGGGAAUACACUGAUGGGACGUUCCAGACCCCUAAAGCCAGGAUAAAUGGUGAUGAACAUCUAGGGAUACUGGGCCCUUUUAUGUGGGCGGAAGUAGGAGAUAUUCUCAACGUUGUGUUUAAGAACAAUGCUACGCGACCCUACUCCAUUCAUGCACAUGGGGUGCUGGAAAGGGCGACGGGACAGCCACAAGCGGCAAACCCUGGUGACAUUGUGACGUACCGAUGGGAAGUUCCUGAGAGAUCUGGUCCAGGGCCAAAUGAUUCAGCAUGUGUCCCUUGGAUCUACUACUCCAUGGUGGACCCAGUAAAGGAUAUGUACAGUGGUCUGAUUGGACCCCUGAAGAUCUGCCGGAAAGGGGUGCUGCAAUCUGAUGGGAUCAGGAAGGAUGUAAAGAGGGAGUUUGCUCUCCUGUUCCUCGUUUUUGAUGAAAAUCAGUCCUGGUACUUGGAGGAGAACGUGGAACGUUACACUCGUGGGAAUCACAGAGAUACCAACCUGCUGGAUGACACAUUUGUGGAAAGCAACAAAAUGCAUGCAAUCAAUGGGAGACUCUAUGCAAACUUGCCCGGAUUGACCAUGUUCCAAGGAGAGUGGGUGAACUGGUACCUGCUGGGAAUGGGUCAGGAGAUUGAUGUGCACACAGUCCAUUUUCAUGCUGAGACCUUCACAUACAGGAACGGCAGAGGCUACAGAGCAGAUGUUGUGGAUGUAUUCCCUGGGACCUUUGAAAUGGUGGAGAUGUUGGCUGGGAACCCUGGGACAUGGCUGCUUCAUUGUCACGUAUCUGAUCAUAUUCAUGCUGGCAUGGAGAUACUCUUCAAAGUCUUGCCCAAACCAGAGCCAGCACCUGAAGUCAUAAACUACAAUGAAGAGACGCUACCUGAGGAUGAGUCCCAGAAAGUCAUGCUAUUUGGAGCUAAGUUGGCUCCAGGGCAGGUAGAAGCUGCAGUCAUCAUUCUAGCCGUUGCAGGAAUGGUGCUCUUCCUGGUUGCCAGCUUCCUUCUGGGAGUGGUCAUCUAUCUCGAGAAGCAAAGGAGGUUAAGGCGCAAUCGGAGGUCUAUCUUGGAUGACGGGUUCAAACUCAUGUCUAAAAAGAAUCAAGGGAUAUAAAAGCCCUCUAAGAACUUCUGGCUCUGUGCGUGGAGCAGAGGCUAGAUCGCUGUCCCCACCAAGAUGUUGGAGCAUCAUUUCAGUCACACACUAGACUUCUAGGAAACUAAGGAAGAAAGCUGGAGCCCUGACCUCUUCAUAUAUCUUCCUAAGCACUCUGUAUAGAAAAGGUCCCUCCCGGAGAGAUCUGAGGACUCUUUCAGCCAACUGAAGAAAAGUAACAGAAGUAAAAAGGUUCUCCUAAAACGUUCUUCUUCCCCAAGAAAGAGUGGAGACAUUUCUCCUAUUUUCUUCUCUCCAGAAAACUCUACUUGGCUUUUCUCAAUAAAAGAACUCUCAGACCAGAUUCCAGUCUUGCUCCACUGCCAGAGCUGAUUUGGGUACUCUCUCCCAACAGAUCUGUAGAACUGUGAGCCUUUAAACUAAAUGUGAAGGGAGAAAAUAAGCUUUGCUUUUUUGUGAAUCAAAUGAGAAUACAGGAGAGAAAAUGUUUAUUUAGACCUAGAUCACUUUUGUGGGUUUUUUUGUUCUUUUUGCAAGUGAUUGGACAGAUAUAAAUUCAGGGCAGUACAUGUCACAGUGUCUGAGAGCUUCAUCAAGAACCAUAACAGCUGUGCCUUACCAUUACCCUUGCUUGACACAUCCUUGUGCUUUCAAAUACCCCAGGGAAUGUAUUUGUGUCAGGUGUCCUGUGCCUUGCACUGGGAAAUGAAGCUUUUGCAUGUGCUGCAGUGUCUUAAUGGCUUCCCUGCGUUAUCGGUCCUGUCAUUCUGUAAGUGUGAAGUACUGUACCACAGCAUCUAUACAAUUCCUUGUGCCAUAGGAGGAAGGAUCCUGUGAUGUUCUGUGAUGUGGUUUGCUCUGUGUUUUCCAAUACACUUUAUUGAAGUUAC